GAAAUGAGGGAAAUUCUGCAUCUUCAAGCUGGCCAGUGUGGCAAUCAGAUUGGUGUGAAGUUCUGGGAGGUGAUUUCGGAUGAGCACGGGAUUCUGGCUGAUGGGAAGUUCGCGGGCGACACGGAUCUGCAGCAGGAGCGGCUGAAUGUGUACUACAACGAGUCCACGUGUGGAAAUUACGUGCCGCGCGCCGUGAUGGUGGACUUGGAGCCCGGCACGAUGGACUCCGUGCGCAGCAGCGCCUUCGGCGGCCUCUUCCGGCCGGACAACUUCAUCUUCGGGCAGUCCGGCGCGGGCAACAACUGGGCCAAGGGACACUACACCGAGGGCGCCGAGCUGGCGGACUCGGUGCUGGACGUGGUGCGUCGCGAGGCGGAGGCGUGCGACUGCCUGCAGGGCUUCCAGCUGACGCACUCCCUGGGCGGCGGCACGGGCUCCGGCAUGGGCACGCUGCUCAUCUCGAAGAUCCGCGAGGAGUAUCCGGACAGGAUCAUGAACACCUUCUCGGUGGUGCCGUCGCCGAAGGUCUCUGACACCGUCGUGGAGCCGUACAACACCACGCUGAGCAUCCAUCAGCUGGUGGAGAACACCGACGAGACGUUCUGCAUGGACAACGAGGCGCUGUACGACAUCUGCUUCCGCACGCUGAAGCUGCAGACGCCGACGUACAGUGAUCUCAAUCAUCUGGUCUCGAUGACGAUGUCCGGCAUCACGACGUGCCUGCGAUUUCCCGGCCAGCUGAAUGCCGAUCUGCGGAAGUUGGCCGUGAAUAUGGUUCCCUUUCCGCGCCUGCACUUCUUCGUGCCGGGAUUUGCGCCGCUGACAGCGCGUGGGGAUCAGCAAUUCCGCGCCAUCACGAUUCCCGAGCUCACGCAGCAGAUGUUCGACGCCAAGAACAUGAUGACGGCGUGUGAUCCGCGCCACGGACGCUAUCUCACCGUGGCGGCGAUCUUCCGCGGACGGAUGAGCAUGAAGGAAGUGGACGAGCAGAUGCUGAACAUCCAGAACAAGAACAGCAGCUACUUCGUGGAGUGGAUCCCGAACAACUGCAAGACGGCGGUGUGUGACAUUCCGCCGCGUGGCCUGAAGCUGUGCGCCACGUUCAUCGGCAACACCACGGCCAUCCAGGAGAUCUUCCGGCGCGUGUCGGAGCAGUUCACGUCCAUGUUCAGGCGCAAGGCCUUCCUGCACUGGUACAUGGGCGAGGGAAUGGACGAGAUGGAGUUCUCCGAGGCGGAGAACAACAUGAAUGAUCUCAUCAGCGAGUAUCAGCAGUACCAGGAAGCGGGAAUGCAGGAUCAGGACUUCGAGGGGGGCGAGGAGGAGGAAGAGGAGGAGACUUUCGUUAAAACUGAAAAUUAAUCAUUGACACAUCAUCCUGACCUACAAAUUGUUCGUUCUGUCGCACUUUGUGUGCAAAUAAAUUUCACACUUUUGCUUUCAACUCACGGUGAGAAAUCUCUUGCAUCCCAAAGGGGAAAAUAUCAGUGGAAGUUUGAGGAAGAGUUGAAAUAUUGGUAAUUUUUUUUUACACUGAAAAGCUACGGUUUUUAAGCCACUUCUUGAGAUGAAAAAGCCUAAAUUAGAUUACAAUAAAAUGGAUAAAAUUCUUCAGACAGACUUGAGGCAGAUUUUCUCCCCCUUGGCGCGUCCGUUGGAGUUCAAUGAUCUCAGCCAGAAGCGGAGAGGAUCUUUUAUCUUGUCGGUCGGCGCUUUUCGAGCGAGAGAAAAGUGAAAGGAGAGACGGAAUUGUGUCUCAAUUGGGAAUUGAGAGCAGUGUUUAUUAUGCCCAGAUGAUCGUGAUUUUCACCUGUGAUCGUGAGGCGAUUCAUUCAUGAUCUUGAGGAGUGCAUAAUAAGAUGUUAUCUCGCUCUCUUUUUCAGCUCAAAGAGUGAGACAGAAUGGAGGCGCGCUGGCGAUGGUUACCGCUCGUGAUUGUGCUGAUUGUGUGGCAAGUCAGA